GAACACCGGUGGUUGAUUUUAUCUCCUUCUAAUUUCCUUUGUAUGGACGUUUGUACCAUUAUCAAUUUUGUCUGUCAAACAGCGACUGUCAAGCGUACGGAGUGUAUAUCUCGUAUACUUGUACUGAUUUCCGUACUGGAGAUCGUCCGGCACCUGCAGGCCUGCCUGACGAAUGUGCUGAUAGGGAACUUUGCGGGGCCUCUUCGCGAGGGUGCUGACUGCUGAGGGUUCGAAUCAUUCGAGGACACGGGCUGACCUCCUGGAUGCAUGAUUGCGCAGAAACGUGCGCCGUUGUUUGACUGGAGUGUGACCGUUGAGAUCAACCGACCCGCCGUGGGACACGAUGUCUGCGUUAAACACUGCGGCUCAGAAGUCGCAUAUUACUCAGGCCUUAAGGUUGGAGCGGGAUGUGUCUUCAGCUACCUCCCAAACCCAGGCCCUAGAGGCGGCCAUUGAAGUGGUGGAGCAUUACAUGAAGGCGUUGAACCUCGCAACUGUCCAAAAAGACAAGCAGGCUCUAGAUGCAAAAUGCCAAGAAUGGCUGACCCGAGCCGAGAAGAUUAAGGGCGCCAAAGAUUGGCAAUCUGCGGCCCGCGUGCAUUCCACGGGCGAAUCUGGGCUGCGGCACCCGUCAUCCACCCGCAAACUGACGACUCGCGAGGAGAUCAUUCUUCUGGAAGGGGCAAAGUUGAAUAACUUCGUGUUCCCUCCUUGGACACAUCCCCCAGCGCCCAGCGAGUUCAAACUGGAGCGCGGGAAAGAGCCGUUUACCGAUCACCCGGAGCUCCACCUGUCCAAUGUGCAGAGGCAAUUAUUCGACGGCUGGAAGAGGCCUCAUGAGUUGCUGGCGAAGAUUAAUGAACGGACGGGGCACACCCUGACACCUGUGAUGUCUCCGAGGGAGAAAACAGAUCUGGUCCAGGACAUGCUGACGGAUUGCUCGGUUGUUGCGAGCCUCUGUGCAACGACUUCACGAACCGAACGGGGCUUAUCCAAGGGCUAUCUCCCUGUAGCAUUCCCCUGCGAGUCUGGGCAAACCGAGAUCUCGCCGGCAGGGAGAUAUAUCUUUCGCUUCUACUUCAACGGGUGCUUCCGAAAGGUGAUCGUCGAUGAUCGCUUGCCGUCUUCGAAAACCUCGAGGUCACUCCACGUGGUCGAUCGAAAUAACCCAGAUUUCCUGUGGCCUGCCCUGGUAGAAAAGGCGUAUCUAAAGCUCCGGGGAGGAUAUGACUUCCCAGGGAGCAACUCUGGAACCGAUUUGUGGGUUCUGACCGGUUGGAUUCCGGAACAGAUUUUCCUUCACCAUGAGGACGUCACAAGCGAUGAUCUCUGGCGGCGGCUUUACCGAUCAUUCUGCCACGGAGACGUGCUGCUCACCAUUGGCACCGGUAAGCUGACGGAGAGAGAGCAAACGGAAGUCGGACUUGUGAGUGAGCACGACUACUCGAUAUUGGCGCUGAAGGAGUCCAAGGGGCGUCGCCAGAUGCUAGUGAAGAACCCGUGGGCUGGAGCGGAUAUGGUUCAUCAGGACAUUGAGACAGCGCUUGAUUCCGUUGAGCUGACCCAUGACCAGCCGUCUUUUGCGCCUGGGUCUUUCUGGAUGGACUGCGACAAAGUUCUCCAAAACUUUGAAAAUCUGUAUCUGAAUUGGAAUCCGGGACUCUUUAGAUACCGCGAGGAUAUCCACUUCCCUUGGGAUCUCACGAGCGGCAGAGGCGUUGCUGGUUGCUUUGUGAAGAACCCGCAAUUUUCAGUGUCCACCAAGAGCGGGGGUACUGUCUGGCUGCUGCUUGGAAAGCACUUUCAGACAAUCAAGCACCGUGGAAACAUUGAUGACGCUCCGGACAGCGCUGUGGAGCAUGAGGAACCGGGAUUCAUCAGCAUCUACAUCUUCAACACGGACGGGAAAAGAGUGUCUCUAAGUGAUGGAGCCCUCCACCGCGGACCUUAUGUCGAUUCCCCCAAUACCCUCAUGAGGCUGGAAAUGCACCCCAACACGACCUACACUGCCGUGAUCUCGGAGCAAUCCCUACCCUCCUCGAAUCAGAAUUUCACACUUUCCGCUCUGUCCACAGCUCCCGUGCAGAUCGCGCCCGCGCAGAAUAAAUACAAGUACGUCACCAAAGUCCAGGGAUCAUGGACCGGUUCGAUGGCUGGCGGAAAUGCCGAGUCCCCCCGGUAUCCCCAGAAUCCCCAAUUCGCCAUGAAGGUCUCGAGCGCCACCGACGUCUCCCUCUUGCUAGAAUGUCCCGAGACGGAGAUCGCGACACACAUCAAAUUAUUCUGGUCCAACGGAAACCGCGUCGCCAGGGUUCGGAGUCGCGACAUCAUCACGGACAGCGGUGAUUAUCGUCGGGGCGGGUGUCUCGCCGAGAAACAAACCCUCGACGAAGGGAUCUACACCAUAGUGUGUUCCACCUUCGCCCCAGACCAACUCGGCCGAUUUACACUCUGGAUCUCCUCCUCGUACCCGUGCAAAGUGGAUCCCCUGGCCCCGGAAGCCGCCGGACGGCUCGCGAGCAUAUCAGACAUUGGCAUUUUACCCCCAGGGAGCGACCGCAUGCUGGCCCCCUUGCGGGUCCCACGGCUUACGCGGAUCAAGCUCAUCGCACGGAGCCGACAGUCUCUGAUUGGGAAUCACCCCGUUGGGCCGUCGCCGGUGCUCAUGACCGUCGAGCUGGGCCAAGGACCGUACAAAGAGAUCCUCGCCAGCUCUGAAGAUGGACACCAUAGCGAUGCCAUCUCUGGAGUGCGGGUGUCGGACUUUGAUCUGCAACCGGGCUUGGAAAACCAGGGCGGCGUUUGGAUUGUCCUCGAGCGGAUCGGGGGCCCUGGGGGACAAGUAGAAGAUCACUUCGAGGUGGAGGCUUUGGCCGAGGAACGGGUUGAUUUUGGGGAGUGGAUUGUUGAAGAUGCCUGA